UGUGUGUGCGUGCGUGAAAGAUAAUUUACAAAUCUUUAUAGCAGCUAAAGUUUCGUUUUAACUAGUUUUAAGCUCAAAGUUAAUACGUGCAAUAUAAAUAGUUCCUACAUUUAGAACUACACAUAAGCCGCAAUUAGCAACGCAUACAUACGCAAUUUGCUCAACGCCAAACAUUUCAUUCAAUUUAGCGUAUAAUAUUAAAAUCAAAAAAAUAAAAAGUGAAUAAAAAAAUUGCCUUUGCGCAUUAACAGUGGCAAUAUCAGUAUUGUUUGCAUUAGCUUAGUCGGUGGACGUAUUUGUGUUAACUGCCGGAGCAAGAGCCAUGAAUGAAGCACCUGAACACAGCAAAAAGCGGCAAAAGACGUGCCUUCAAGUGGCAACCAAUGUGACCGAACAGAAGCAUCAUGUUACCCGGGAGACGCGUGGAAAAAACCUGGGCCUCUGCCGGGGCUUUCGAGGUUGCACCGUCUGGCUAACGGGUCUCAGUGGUGCUGGCAAAACAUCGAUUGCCUUUGAGCUGGAGGCGUAUUUGGUCUCUAGAGGAAUACCCGCCUAUGGCCUAGAUGGGGAUAACAUACGGACGGGUUUGAACAAGAAUCUUGGCUUUACGCCGGCCGAUCGCGAGGAGAACAUCCGGCGGGUGGGUGAGGUGGCCAAAUUGUUUGCGGACAGCGGCGUCGUGUCCAUCUGCAGUUUUGUGUCGCCAUUUGCGGAUGAUCGCGAGAUGGCGCGCAAGAUACACAAGGAUGCGGGAUUGAAGUUUUACGAGAUCUUUGUGGACACGCCGUUGGAUGUGUGCGAGACGCGGGACGUGAAGGGGCUGUACAAGAAGGCGCGAGAGGGUGUCAUCAAGGGAUUCACGGGUAUCACCCAAGAGUACGAGCGUCCGCAGCAUCCGGAACUGGUGGUCAGCACGGCUGGUUACACGGUCCGGGAGUCGACGCAGCUGCUGGUGACACUGCUGGAGCAGGAGGGCAUCAUACCGCGCUCCCUGCGCGAUGUGGAUCAAUUGCCGGAACUGUAUCCCAGCGAGGUGAGCGAAGCGGACGCCCUGCGUCACGAGGCGGAAUCACUGCCAGCUCUGUCCAUCAGCACUGUGGAGCUGCAAUGGGUGCAGGUGCUCUCAGAGGGCUGGGCGUAUCCACUGCGGGGCUUCAUGCGAGAGGAUGAGUAUCUGCAGACGCUGCAUUUCAACACGUUGCAAAGUGGAUUGGAUGUCUCGUAUCGCGAGAAUCACUCCGUGCCCAUUGUGCUGAGUGCCAGUGCAGAGGACAAGCAACGACUUGAGGAUGCGUCCGCCCUGACGCUGAAAUACGAGGGUCAAGCGGUGGCCAUACUGCGUCGUCCCGAGUUCUAUUACCAGCGCAAGGAGGAACGCCUCUGUCGUCAGUUUGGCACCAGCAAUCCCAAUCAUCCAUACAGCAAGCAGGUUUACGAGUCCGGCGACUAUCUGGUUGGUGGCGAACUGGCGGUCAUUGAGCGGAUUCGCUGGAAAGACGGGUUGGAUCAAUAUCGUUUGACGCCCAAUGAACUGCGCUGCCGCUUCAAGGAGCUCAAUGCGGAUGCCAUCUUUGCCUUUCAGCUGCGCAAUCCCAUCCACAAUGGACAUGCUCUUCUGAUGCAGGACACUAAACGACAGCUGCUGGAACGUGGCUUCAAGCAGCCAGUGCUGCUGCUGCAUCCACUUGGCGGCUGGACCAAGGAUGAUGAUGUGCCGCUGCAGGUGCGCAUGGCUCAGCAUCAGGCUGUGCUCGAUGCGGGCGUCCUGCGGCGCGAGGAUACCGUGCUGGCCAUCUUCCCGUCGCCCAUGAUGUACGCCGGGCCCACGGAGGUGCAAUGGCAUGCCAAGGCACGCAUGAAUGCGGGCGCCAACUUUUACAUUGUGGGUCGCGAUCCGGCUGGCAUGCCGCAUCCGGAUAAGCAGGCUUAUCCCGAUGGCAAUCUGUACGAUGCCACGCACGGCGCACGUGUGCUCAAAAUGGCCCAGGGACUGGACAGCAUGGAGAUUCUGCCGUUCCGUGUGGCCGCCUAUGAUAAGACUGCCAGUCGCAUGGCCUUCUUUGAGCCACAGCGCAAGGACGACUUUGAGUUCAUAUCGGGGACCAAAAUGCGCAGCUUGGCCAAAACUGGCACCAGUCCACCCGAUGGCUUUAUGGAACCACAUGCGUGGAAAAUACUCGCCACGUAUUAUCAGAACCUGCCACAGGCGUAACCAAGAGCAGCUGGCUGGAAGCUGGGAGUGUGUAAUCCAGGCAUCCGUCGAAUGUGAUUGAUUGAUGAAGCGCAGUCCAGCACAACGAAUAGUGCAAUUCACUUAGCUAUUAAACACAUUUCUAUCUAUCCACUUGUCAAAUCCAAUUUGUAGUAAUCGUGUAAUUCGUCCAAGUUAUGUUUACGACUCACCUUGAUUGUAUCUGUGUGUGUUUGUGUGUGUGUGUGUGUAUGUGCCUGUGUGUUUGUAUUGUAUGUUGUGCCUCUAACUCUAUGUCAUUGUUCAAAUCCUAUUAUUAAUUGUAUUUACUUUUAAGUUAUACAAUUCUCUGUUUAGCUUAAGCGAACAAUUUGUCGUUUUAUGCAAUGCAAUUUUUUCUAUUUAAGCAUUUACUUAAUUACUAUCUGAAUAAUAUUUCCACUAAGUUAAACCAA